CCUCUGAGUCUGUAUAAAGGGUAGCAUCCCCUCCCUCUCUCCCAUAUUCUCUCAGCCUGAGCACUGGAGCAAAACUCUGCUUCUUCAGAUCCUCGUCUCCCCUGGUUUGCCGACAACUGGAGUCAUGAAUGUAGGUAUCUAUGUGUGUGUUAUCCUGGCUGCUUUGUCCAGUGGCUCCCUGAGUCUGCCUGCACAGUCAGUGAGAGCUGAGAGUACGGCUCACUUAACAAACAGCCUCCAUGCUCCGUCGUCCAGCCGAACACGCCAGGUCCGCUCGGCUCCAGCGCCACCAUCAGACCGGUUCGCCCACUACAGCCAGCUCCGUGAGCACGCAGAGGCUCCAAACAGCCUGAACCAGCUCCUGGCCAGACUGAUCCCCAGGAAAGGUUCUGCCUUCCAGAUCAGAUCCUCCCUCAGCAGCAGAGCCCUGGCCCCCAGCCACAGGAUAGAGGACAGAGAUUACCUCGGCUGGAUGGACUUUGGAAGACGCAGUGCAGAAGAGUAUGAAUACUCCCCGUGAAGCCACAGCUGGCUUUCACCGCCCGGCCCCUGUCACGGCCCCCAUCACCCCCCAGUUAAACCAGCAGAAUCACUUUACAAUUUUUUUUUUACUUUUACAACACACUUAAAUAAGAAUCCUGUAUUGAGUUUAGCAUAAAAACGACAAAACGUACUUAAUAAAUGGGAAAGUAAUAUAUAUUUGAAUUCCGAUAAGAGACAUCAAGAAGCUUGAAAGCAGUAUUUUUUCCAUCUAAUGACUUCAUUUGCUCUUUAAAAUAAAUCAUCUCAUUAAAGAGAGAGAAGCUCCAUCAUGUCUUAAAUCAGUUCUGCUGGGGUUUUUUUUUUUGUUGUUGUUUUUUUCCCUGUGGAUUCAUUUCAACGUUUACCAAAUACAGAUUAAGUGCUCUGGUAUUUAGGACAGUGGAGAGUUUAUAUGAGUUCCACACAGAAUAAAAGCACAAUUGCAUCAACCUGCUGAAAACGGCGCUGUGUCGCACAGGAGUAUGAGUAUUUACUGAUGAAGUUAUUUUAAUGUCAGUUUAAUUUUGCUUAACACUUUUGUGAAAAGGUGUUCAUUUCAACUGUUACGUCAAAGUAAUAUUAAAAUAUCUCAACUCAGCUGAA